UUUUUUGCAUCUUCAAAGAUACCUUUGUUCACACAGCCUUGAACUUUUUCAUUUCCGGUGAAGCGAUACAGCGUCGGAUCGCGUAGAUGCCUGAACCAUGGAAGGUAAUUACCCACCUGGUUUCUACUGCACUGACAGAAAUCAGCAAGAAAGACAUUCCCAACAACAUCAGCAACAUGUUGCACCCUACCCCUUGGACCUACCAUACCACACAGCCUCACAGCAUCAGCCUGAGUUUGUAGUCGAUCAGCCUCUCAGAGCAUUCCCUGCACCACACACUGGCCCUGGAGUGUCUAUAUUGAGCUCAAUAUAUCAUGAUUCAACUCCUGUGCUUCCAAACUCAAAUACCGUCCACCAAGCUCACCAUCAGCUGCCAGCCACUCUGAGAGGUCAGAGGAUCAAAUUAGCAACUCAGUCAGCAAGCUAUACCCCACUUAUCACAACUCAUAAUCCACUUUCCGACAGCACCACACAAGGCCAAACACCCAUAGCACCACCAGCUCCUUCCAAGCCAUUACAUUCCAAAGAACAGAGAAAGCAGGACACGUCCUCUUCAUCCCAAUCUAAUACAAGUCCUCCAGCCUCUGCUGUUGAGCCAUCCCUUCUUGCUGCUCUCAAUCUGAAAAAAAGCAGAAUGCUAUCGUCAACUCCAGAACUUCCGCAGGGUCUCUCCUUUAGAUGGACAUUGGAGGGUAAGGUUGAGGGAGUGGUUGCCAAGGGAACGGUAGAGAAGGGGUCGGAGUUUGGACCCUACCCAGGAUCACUGAUGAACGAGGAGCAGGGUUUGUCCAAGGAUUCUACAUGGGAGGUUUGCAUCUCUGGUCAAGUAUUCUUCUACCUCGAUGGACGUAAAACCUGGAUGUCUCAAGUAAGAUGUGCUCAGGGUGAGGAGGAACAGAACAUAGAAGCCUACCAAUACUAUGGGGAGAUCUACUUCAAAAGCAUAAAGGUCAUUGAACCAGGAAGUGAACUGAAAGUGUUCUACAAUGCGGAGUAUGCCAAGCGUGUUGGAAUCCAUACAAAAUUGAAUGAACUCCGUUUCAACCGCGAUGCACAGAAGUUCCAGUGUGGUAUGUGUGAGGAUCUGUUCACAUCGGCUAAACUAAUCCUGAGACACAUGCGAUGUGAACACUCCCAGGACAGAACAGAAGACCUGUAUCCCGUGCUGAUGUGGAAGAGGAAAAAGAAGAAGAAAGCGUUGGAAACUGAGAAUAGCUCCCAGGAAGAUUUAACCAUUGAGAAUAAAGUUAGUGAGCAGGGUGAUCUAGUAUUCAAGUGUAGAACUUGUGAGAAGGUCUUCUCCUGCCAUGGCAGGCUAAAGGAGCAUGAGUCAUUCCAUAAAUUCAGCCAGGGUCAUGCUUGUCCUGUUUGUGAUAAGAAAGAAACAAAUUCCAGAACCCUUGCGAAACACAUGAAGACGCAUGAACCUCUUGUGCUGAAGUGUAAGGAAUGUAACCGUAUCUACAAAACAAAGUCUGCACUUCGCAAGCACCUGAAUGAGUUUCAUGGUCAUCAGUGUCGAAUCUGUUCCGAAAGGUUCCCGUAUAUGACAGAUUGUAAGAAGCAUGAGCAGACACAUCAAGGUUCAACCAAGAAUGGAGCACAUACAGGAAAGAGUUUGUUAAGUGCUUCAUCACCUGAGGAACCAAAGGAUAUGCUUGGUAAAACUUCUAAUUACUACCAACGGCCCUUCAAGUGUCGCUAUUGUCCAAAGAGAUACAGUUUACGUAGCAGCGUCAAGACCCAUGAGAAAGAGAGACACACUGGAGACCUAGUUUUUAAGUGUCCUCAUUGUCCAAAGGUUUUCGGUAGAGAGUAUCGCCUGAUAGAUCACCUUCGAAGCCAUGAAGAGAAUCGUAUGUACCGUUGCAAGCUUUGCCCCAAAACCUUUGGAUCGGAGAGCGCUCUCACCAACCAUCAAGGAGAACAUACCGGACUGAAACCGUUCUCUUGUGACAUCUGCAGUAAAGGGUUCAGAAUUAAGAAAGCUGUCCAAGAUCACAAGCGACGUAUCCACCAGAAACGCCAGAUGCGCUUCUUUUGCUCCGUCUGCAAUAAAGGAUUCGCUGAUAAAGGGAAUUUUACUAAACAUGAACGUCGCCACAAGGGUGUUCGGCCGUAUGUUUGCUUAGAAUGCGGCAAGGGCUUCACGGCAAAGUCGUGUCUCACAACUCAUAUAAAAGCCAUGCAUACAGCGGAGAAACCCUUCUCAUGUGAGCUUUGUGGAAAAACUUUCUCUCUGAAUCAGAACUACACGUAUCACAUGUUCAGGCACAAAGAACAGGGAGAUAUAAGCAGCAUACAGCAAUGAAUACAAUUCUCUCUCACUCAUUCAUUGUUUGGUGUUAACAAGUCUAUUGGAAGCUUUAUGAAGUUCACCAUGUUUGAAUAGUUGUGAGAUUACUCCAAACUCCAAAUAAGAAAAUUGAUCUGAGGCAAUUCAUUGCUAUUCACUCUGGAUCACACUUAAUUUUCUUUAAUGAAGGUAUGCAAUGCACAUUGGAUUAAAUUGGUUUCUUGUUGGACUACCUAGUAUUGUUAAGGCCCUUUUAAUUUAUAGGGUAAAUAAACUCUCCCUAAAUAAAAUAAAUAUAUAUGUUGCUUGGAUCGGGUUACUCCUGUCUCGGGACCUAUGGCACAAAUAAAGACUAACGGAUGAUCUUGUCUGUGGUAGGGUUGCAGCUAAUGUGUAGGCUUACGUUACCCCCCCCCCCCCCCCCCCCCCCCCCCCCCACUCAGUGUUAUUUAGGGUACACAUAUUUUUGAAAACACCCCCUAAGCUUUAAUUUAGGUGUGCUUGUAAUUUUUCUGUAAAUUUGAAAAUGAAAUUCACAGAAGGUAUGGUAUUUUGACAACAGAGAUGUCUAAAUAGCAAUAUAGCAUUAGGCCAAAUAACUAAAAUAAAGUGUUUUUCAUCCUCGCCUGCCUCCUUUUUGGCCGCAGCCUCCUUUUUUAAAAAUUACUAUUAACUAUUCAGAAGAAAAAAAGCCCCCCGUCCCCCCCA